AUGUCAGCUGUGGCUCUCCUGGCACUGUUCAUUCGCGUUGCAGGCCGCCUCUUCAGAGGCUGCCGCCAGCCAGCGGCUAGAGGAGGUGGAGUCCGCCAUGCUGGAGGUGGUGUGCAUAUUGAGGCCCAGUAUAGACAGUUUCCUCAGCUGACCGGGUACCAGGCGGUCCUGAGUGAGAUCUUCAGCACUACCAUGUGGUUCUGGAUUCUCUGGCACUUUUGGCAUGACUCAGAUGCUGUGUUGGGUCACUUUCCAUAUCCAGAUCCUUCCCAGUGGACAGAGGAAGAAUUAGGUAUCCCUCUAAUGAUGAAAACUAAAAGUGUAGACUUGACUCUGCAAGAGCCAGGUGACUUUCCCACUAAUGAUGUGAAAGACAGUGAAUUCCUCCUUAGUCCUGCCAAUGCUACUUCUGGCCAAGUACAAUUGAUUCCAAAUUUAGAAAAUGCAUUAGAUCUAACAAAAGAUAGCUUUGCGGAGCUUGACCACUUGAUGCAAACACACCAAAACAAACAAGAAUCAGAAGAUGAAGAUAAACCACCCCUGAAAGUGUAA